AUGACGUCGAUUCGGCGCAUGACGGCCUCUGACCUACUUUCUCUCAACCUGACCAACCUCGAUCCGCUGACGGAGAACUACGAUCCGCAUUUCUACCUCUCGUAUCUUAUGAAAUGGCCGUCCCUUUUUAAUGUAGUCGAAGAUCGGGACGGUAAUGUUGUAGGCUAUAUAAUGGGCAAGCUUGAAGCUCAACACCCUUCGAUGCGUCAUUCUGAACACUACACCCCAUGGCACGGCCACAUUACCGUCCUCACCGUCGCACCCGCAUGGCGACGAUUAGGCCAUGCUCGACGGCUUACGGAAGCACUAGAGCGCGCUUCGGACAUCAAUGAUGCAUGGUUCGUUGAUUUAUAUGUGCGUGCAGGAAAUAAAGUUGCUGUCGGAAUGUAUAAAGGAAUGGGAUAUUCGGUCUUCAGGCGCGUUGUGAACUAUUACAGUGAUGAUCCGACAGGAAUGUCAGGCGGAGAAGAUGCAUUUGAUAUGAGAAAGCCGUUGAGCCGAGAUAAAGAUUUGAUCCAUCACCGGAAGAAUGGGGAAGACUUUCCUGUGAGCCCGGAUGAUGUCUAUUGA